AUGCCUAAAAACAAGAAAACCAGCCGAAAGGGCAAAGAAAUGCAGUACGACAGAGAAAACCUUAAAAGGGCCCUUGAUGCUGUUAAAUCAACAGGGUUGUCGAUAAGGAAGGCAGCAGCGAAAUAUGGGGUCCCCAAAUCGACGCUUGCUGACAGGGUUACUGAACGUGUUGGGGAAAAUGCUCGCCCGGGUAGACGCCCUGCCCUUCCAGAAUCAGUAGAGCAGAAAAUUGUAGAUUCUUUAAAGCAGGCGGCAAGACAGGGAAUGGAAGUGAGCAGAAAACAACUUCUGGAAAGAACGGGGCAGAUUUGCAGGAAACUAAAUGCCACUCCAUUCAAAAGACUUAUACCUUCAAAAGAUUGGUGGGAGGGAGUAAAGAAAAGACACCCGGAACUGUCAAUCAGACGCCCGGAAAAACUGGCAUCGUCAAGGGCCUCAAUGUUGAACCCGGUAGUUGUAUCUAAAUACAUGGACGACCUGGUAAGUUUGCUUCAUACAUUAGGCAUAGGUGGAAAGCCCAAGCAAAUAUGGAACUGCGAUGAAACGGGCAGGUCGUUUGAACACUCACCGGUUAGAGUCAUUGCCGAAAAAUCGUCAAGAAAUGUGCUUGGCCGUACCAGCAACAGCCGUACCAAUGUUACAAUAAUGGCGUGCAUCAAUGCUGCCGGACAGAAAAUGUCUCCAAUGUUGAUUGUUAAAGGCAAAACAUCAGUGUCCGUCCACGGCUUUAACACAGAAGCAGCGCCACCAGGUUCCAAAUGGGCCUGGCAGGAGAACGGGUGGAUGAAUGACAGGUUGGGGGAGCAAUGGUUUAGGGACGUGUUUCUCAAAGAAUGCGGUGCCGCUAGACCACAGCUUCUACUUCUCGAUGGACACUCAUCUCACGAGUCAUUUGCCAUCCUACAACUGGCCUCAGAAAAUGAUGUACAGAUAAUGUGCCUCCCUCCCCAUACUACUCACAUUCUACAGCCGCUUGACCGGACAGUGUUUGGGCCAUUUAGUGCCGAGUACAACAAAGCGUGUUCGGCUUUCAUAACACUGUCAACAAAUACAGCUUCCCCGGGCUAA